AUGACGCUUUCCCCACGGACCACCACCGCAGCAUCCCCUGAUCACCUUGGCCGAGGCCAAAUCGAAACCAUCACCACACUGGAGAGGAUAGGAGGGUCUAUAAGCCUCGUGGCCGUCUUCUUCAUCUUCGUCGCGUAUGCGCUGGUGCGCCGCGUCCGCAAUGUCCAGAAUACCUUUAUCGUGUUUGCCAGCGUCUCCAAUGUCGGCGCAAGUAUAGCCUGCAUCAUCGCGAUGGAUGGGCUGGUUCUAGGCGAGGCACGAGCGCUGUGCCAGACACAGGCGUUCCUGUUCGAAAUGUUUAUGCAAUCCGACCCCUGGUGGUCCUUGGCCAUGGCCAUCAACGUCUUCCUCGUCUUUUACUUCCGCACGAGCCCAGACUCGUUCCAGCGCUGGUGGUGGCUGUACUGCCUGAUAUGCUACGGCGGGCCCUUCGUCAUCGCCCUGUCGCUGCUGCUCGUCCGAGGCUCGCCCAAGGGCCUCGUGUACGGCGACGCAGUAAUUUGGUGCUGGAUAGGCGGCAAAUGGACCAGCGUACGCAUCUACACGUACUACCUGCUGAUCCUGAUAUGCAUCGCCGGGACCAUCAUCAGCUACGUACUCGUCGGAUACCACGUAUUCCGGUCGCGAAACCGACUCCGCAGCUUCUCCGCGUCCAAGAGCCGCGAGGCAGGCCAAAGUGUGCAUGUAAGCUUCCCCCUUUUCUCCCAGGAAGCCACGGGCCCUGACGGCCUCGGGAAAACCACACAGGUCUCCAGCAUCGACCGCGGCCCCCAAGGCGACCGCUUCUACGGGACCGUCACCACCGAGGUCCUCGUCACGCGCUCCUCGGCAAGCAACCUCGUCCGCCCCAAGAGCGCGCACACGGCCGCGCACCGAAUCUCCACGCCCGUGGCCGAGUUCACCUCGAGCGUGUCUGCCGCCGCCCCUCGACGCCGGAGCCGUCUCCCCAACCCCUUCGCCGGCGCCCUCGCCGCCUGCAAGUCCCUCGCCGCCAAGUUCUCCGUCGACGACCCCAUCAAGCGCGCCUACCUGCGCACAAGUCUCCUCUUUGGCCUCAGCGUCCUCGUCACCUGGAUCCCCAGCAGCAUGAACCGCAUCCACAGCUGGAUCCGGGGCGACUCGCCUUACACGUACCAGGUCGCCAGUGCCGCGGUGCUGCCCCUCCAAGGAUUCUGGAACUGCGUCAUAUUCUUCGUCACGAGCUGGAGGGUGGUCAGGGACGACGUCAUCUACAGGUCUGGCGGGAUCCAGCACAGCUCCCACGACGGGAGCGGCCUGGGAACGCUCGAGAGGACCGUCAACAGAGACGAAGGAGGCGGCGAUUCGACAGAUUAUGAAACCGCCUCUCUGAAUACACCGAGUGACGUUGAGUUGCGGACGGUCGAGCACGAAGCUGGGAAGGGGACUGCUGUGCCAUGA